AUGUCUGAACCAGAGAGAAGAUACUCUAGGGCCGAACGAAUGAUCAUGUCGCUGGUCAACGCAAAAAGGAAGCUUAAACACUAUUUUGAAUCUCACCCAAUCGUCGUUUUAACAACUUUCCCUUUGAGAAUGAUCCUGCACAAACUGGACCUGUCGGGGAGAAUGACCAAGUGGGCCAUUGAAUUGAGUUCAUUUGAUAUCACAUACGAGGCCAGGACGGCAAUUAAAGGUCAAGCAGUGGCGGAUUUCUUACUUGACUGUGAUGAUGAAGAUACGGUAGAGGAUUGUAAUUGUUCUUGGUGGAAGCUUUUCGUGGACGGCUCCUCGAAUCAAAUGGGGGCCGGGAUUGGAAUUCAAUUGCAAACACCAGAAGGAACUACGCUGAGCCAAGUGAUAAGACUAGAGUUCAGUGCGACCAACAAUGAGGCAGAAUACGAGGCGCUGAUAGCCGGGUUGAAGUUGGCUAAGGAAUUGAAGAUCAAGAAUCUGAUGGCUUAUAGUGACUCGCAACUAGUCAUUCGACAAGUCAAUGGGGACUAUGGAGCCAAGGAUGAGACUAUGGAAGCAUACCGAACUGCGGUUCUGCGUGAGGUGAAAGCCUUUGAUCAGAUCGGGUUUAUCCAGUUGCCAAGAGAGUAUAACGAAAAUGCCGAUCGCUUGGCUUGUAGCGCAUCUAGUUCUGGAGAUACUUUAGCUAGGGUCAUCCCGGUCGACAUACUGAUCCAACCUUCCAUUUUUGAAGAACUGCCUGAUCCGAGCACUCAACAUGUUAAUGUCAUACCAUAUGAGCUGAGCUGGAUUGAUCCAAUCAUGGCUUACAUACGUAGUGGUAUACUCCCCGAGUGUAAGGACGAGGCAAGAAGAAUUAGGUUCAGCGCAGCAAAGUAUGCCAUUGUGCACGGUCAGUUAUAUAGACGCUCCUUCUCGGGUCCAUAUUUGAAGUGUGCUACCCCUACAGAAGCUAGACAGAUUAUGCGAACCAUUCAUGAGGGAAGGUUAGGGUCAUUGAUACAUCAACCACCUGAAGACCUGCACGUAAUGGCCACCCCAUGGCCUUUCGCGCAGUGGGGGAUGGACGUGGUUGGCCCUUUGCCGAUUGCAAGAUCACAUAAUAAGUACGUUCUGCUAGCUACUGAUUACUUCACCAAUUGGGUAGAAGCGGAGCCGUACCCUAGUGUCACCCAAACUCAAGUAAGACGCUUCAUCUGGAAUAAUAUUAUCUGUUGUUUUGGCAUACCAAGGUCAAUCGUGAUGGACAAUGGAACCAACCUCGAUAGCAAGCAAGUGAGAGAGCUGCUAGAGGAAUAUGGAAUCAAUCAAAAGUUAGCAGCAUUCAGUCAUCCUCAGGCUAAUGGUUAA